ACUAACGUGAUGCUUAAGAGUUUAUCUUGACUUGAUACAACUAUAUAAUAAUGCUUUCUACUUCUCUUAUUAGAAUGAAACACAAAAAUCUUAUUAUAAACAUCAAACAUGUAAUAGUAUAUAAUGCCACAUCCUUCAUCUAUGUACUAUCUAAUGGUUUUCCUCUUAUGGAGAAGUUAAGAUUGUUUUAUAUUGCCCUUUUCACACAUUUUCAGUUCGCCAAAUCGCAAGAACCUCUAGCACCGGCUUUGUACGUCUUCGGAGAUUCAUUACUCGACAGCGGAAACAACAAUCUUCUCCCAACAUUUGCUAAAUCAAAUUACUUUCCUUAUGGGGCCGAUUUUGCGGCAGGAGCCACCGGAAGAUUCACCAAUGGGAAAACAGUGGCUGAUUUCAUAGCUGAGUUUCUUGGUUUGCCGUUUCCUCCUCCUUACUUGAGUUUGAAAAGAUCAGUGCACAUCACUGGGAUGAACUAUGCAUCUGGAUCGUGCGGUAUUUUGCGCGAAACUGGCAAUGAUUUUGGAAAAUGUUUGAGUAUAUCGGAACAAGUUAACAUGUUCAACCAAACCAUGGGGAUGCAACUAUCAAGAUACUACAAUAGCCCAAAGGAGCUUUCAGAUUACUUGUCAAACUCCAUUUUCCUCAUUGCUAUAGGGAGUAACGACUACAUCAACAACUACCUUCUUCCUAGCAUUUAUGAUACCAGUAGAAGUCACACUCCUCGAAACUUCGCUGAACUUCUUGUCAAUACACUCUCAAUUCAAUUCCAGAAGCUAUAUGGAUUAGGAGCUAGAAAAAUUGUGGUAUUUGAGAUUGGGCCAAUUGGUUGCCUUCCCUUGUUCAAGCACGGAAGUGAGGGAUGUGUUGACGAGUACAACCAGCUUGUAGUGAUGUUUAAUGAGGAGCUUGAAGCCAUGUUGAAAAACUUGAGCACAACUCUCCAAGAUUCCCAAUUUGUACUCGGUCGUGCUCACUGGCUUGGCUAUGAUGCCAUCAAAACUCCUUCUACAUACGGUUUGACAGAUCCAAGCAACCCUUGUUGUGUAACAUGGAGGCAGGGGGCUUCAGGAUGCAUACCAGAAAUGAAGCCGUGUCCUGAUGUCGACAAACACUAUUUCUGGGAUGCAUAUCAUCCCACUGAAGCUUUUUAUAGGACAUUUGCGACGAUGUGCAUCAAUGGUACAUCUGUUUGCCUUCCAAAGAACAUAAAUGAUCUUGUCCGUGCCUGAAAACUCACUCUCGUGGAAUCUUUUUCGAUCAAAAGACCAAAAAUUUUUGCAUGUAUAAUAUAAAUGUGAAUGUCUUUUUAUGUAUCUAUAUAUAGGAGUAUAUAUGUUGGUUGAAUCAAUGAGUUGAAUUUGCUUCCCUUUUAUUUCCAUUCUCAGAGAUAUGUGGAUCAUUCAUCUUUUACCUCCUCCCGGAUGAGUGAUAUUG